AUGUCUUUCCAGAAGCCCGAGAAGGAGUUCGGCGAGGGCCCUAAGGUCCACAAGAUCCGCAUUACCCUCACCUCCCGCAAGGUUGCCUCCCUCGAGAAGGUCUGCCAGGAGCUGAUUGACCGUGCUCGCUCCAAGUCCCUCCAGGUCAAGGGCCCCGUCCGUCUCCCCACCAAGACCCUCCAGAUCUCCACCCGUAAGACCCCCAACGGUGAGGGUUCCAAGACCUGGGACAAGUUCGAGAUGCGCAUUCACAAGCGUCUCAUCGACCUCCUCGCCCCCACCGAGACUGUCAAGCAGAUCAUCAUCAACAUUGAGGCUGGUGUUGAGGUUGAGGUCACCAUUGCCGCAUAA